AUGAAUAAUCAAAGCGAAUUAGUCUCUCAAUUUAUUACCAUGACACAAGCUGACGAAGCUCAAGCACAGUUUUUUCUUGAAAUGAGCAAUUGGGAUUUACAGGCAAGUUUUUUUUUUUUGACAUUACACGCGUAUAAUAAUCAUUUCAAAAAGGUUGCCAUAUCCCAAUACUUUGAAAGUAAUAGUAAUAAUAAUAAUCAGCAACAAGCCGAACCACCCGUUUCGAGUACGGUUCAGAAUAAAAGGCCUACCAGUGGAUCUUCUUCUAGAAUUCGCACGUUUAGAGACUUGAGUAAUGAAGCAGAGGAUGAGGACAAUAGUGAUGAUGACGAGCAUGAGAAUUUAUAUGCUGGUGGAGAGAAAUCUGGCAUGGUCGUUCAAGGACCCAACAAACGAUCUGGAGCAGGAAAUAGCCUGGUGGAUGAGAUUUUGAAAAAGGCAGUUGAAGGAGAACAUGCUCAUGAUGAACGUGCAAAGACGAAAAAGAAGCCUAAUACUUAUACAGGAACCGGAUAUCGAUUGGGAAGCGAAGAUGAACCUUCAACCGUGGCAUCUUCUGCUCCUGUUGAGCAACAAGAUGAACCAGAACAAGUCACUCGUCACUUAACAUUCUGGCGUAACGGAUUUAGUGUAGAUGAUGGGCCUUUAUACGAAUAUGCUGAUCCUGCUAACCAGCAGAUGCUUGCAGCCAUCAACAGCGGACGCGCACCACUUUCUUUAUUGAAUGUACGUCAUGGACAGCCAGUUGAAGUACGUGUGAUCAAACGUCAGGAUGAAGACUAUACACCUCCUCCCAAGGCUCCACCCAAGCCUUUUGAAGGCGUAGGUCACAGGUUAGGAAGUCCAGCUACUUACGUUGAGCCUCCUACUGCGGCACCUGGCACUUUCCCAUCCACAGGAGGUGCCACUGCUCCAACAGUAGAUGAAAGUCAACCCAUGACAUCUAUCCAGAUUCGUUUAGGUGAUGGAUCAAGAAUGGUGGCCAAGUUAAAUCACACACAUACAAUUGGAGAUAUUCGUCAGUACAUUGAAGCAAACAAUGCAGGCAGUAGCAAUAGGCCAUACAUUCUUCAAACUACUUUUCCAGUAAAGCAAUUAGACGACAAUAAUCAAACAAUUAAAGAAGCAGGUUUAUUAAAUAGUGUUAUCGUUCAGCGUUAUCAAUAA